AUGGAUACUUCCUCCCAGGAAACGAAAACAUCGGUUGAUGUGGAAUCAGUCGCUCCCAAUCCGAAGACUCUGUGUCGCGACGAGUCCGCGCCGGCUGCGCCCUGGUCGACAGUGCCGAAACGCAAACCAGUUCCCGGUCCAGCCCCAGUCCCGGAGACGACUACAGGCGUGGUUUAUGGCGAUGUAAAAGACGCAAGAUCGAGUCCCGGCCAGAAAUGGAGUCGGCCUUCGAUUGAUCUAUCUUUACUCUGGAGACGCCGUCGCAAACUCGUUAUUAUCGGUAUCGCGAUUGCCGUGCUGCUCCUCGCAUUGAUCAUCGGUCUUGCAGUCGGAUUGACGGUGGGGAAAAAACACAACAGCAAUCUUCCACUUCCCACCGCUAAUGGUGGGCCCUACGAGGGAGACCUAACCUACUACAACCCAGGACUGGGAGCUUGCGGUAUCACAAGCACAGACUCGGAUAUGAUCUGCGCCAUAUCCCACAUUCUCUUCGACGCAGCAUCGACAGGCUCAGACCCUAAUGACAACCCGCUCUGCGGAAUGAAACUGCGACUGCGCCGCGACGACAAGAGCGUGGAUGUGACGAUAGUGGAUCGAUGCGUCGGGUGCGCUGUGACAGACAUCGACGUGGCGCCCGCAGUGUUUGAAAAACUGGCCGAGAUUGACCAAGGUCGAGUCUCCGUGGAAUGGUCGUGGCUUCAGAAGCCGCCGGUGAAUGUUUCUUGA